AUGUGCUAUACGUUGGGAGGAGGAAAGUGUACCCUGCCACGUCUUCCCUAUCGCGACUCUUCCAGUACUCGCCAACUGCCCGUCCUCGACAUGUCCGACGCAUCUUCACCCCGCCAGCCUUCCACCCCCGGCCACGACCACGCAUCCAAUACCUCUCCCCCUUCCUCGAUCUCGAUCUCUGGGUCGAUCCUUCUUGCACCGGUGACUCGUGUGCAGUCUCGCGGCGACUCCGCUCUCGAUUCUCUCCCGGGUUUAGAUGGGCUCCCCGUACCAUUCCUCUUUGCCCGCGUGCCAGAAGAGACGGGAGAGGGUGUUCCAAUGGGAACCUCCGAAGGCACACCCGGACACGGCGGUCACAUCGAGAACGGCAUUCAUGAUGACCAGGAGGCUGGCAGCAUAGCCAGCCAGCAAUCCUCGACGGCGCCGGUGUCCGACAACACCUCUGCACCUCCAACGAUCAUCGGACAUACACCGCCGCCCACCGCACCUUCGUCUGUCCAUAGCUUCGGGUCUUUCUCUAUUUCUUCCCUCGAUACCGAUGCAUCCCUCUCAUCGCUUUCCACGGAGGACGACGGUGUGAGGGCGAACACUUCCACCGGGAACGACCAUCACGACGCGUCAGGGGACAUCAGUGAGCAGGGUGCGAAUGAUGCGGAUGUUACGCGCGGUGGAAUGGGAUGCGGGGAUGGGGAAGUAGAACAUGGCGCUACCGGCAACUCAGGCGUGGCGCACAGUAAGAGCGAGCAAGGAGACGGCUCUGUCGAGGAUGGUAGCCCUGAAGCGGAUGCCGAAGUCGAUCAACAUGCCGAGGACGAACAGGGUGUCAGGGUCGACCAAGAUGCCGGGGAAGAAGAGGAUGGAGGCUCUCGCGCAGGCCCCUCCGGCAUCGAGGGGCUGUACUACGCCGGGCCCGAAGACGAAUUUGGCGCUGAAUCCACCGUCGACGCGCACGAGCGUGCCCUGGCGAGGGUUGUUUCGGCGUUCUCCAAAUCCUCUCCUUAG